AUGGUCGUUUCCACUCCCGUGUCGAAACUUCUUAGAUCGGACGAUCUGACGCCGAUCGCUGAAGAAUCAGUUUCCUAGCUCCUGAUUUCCAGUUUCUCUCCCGCUGAAGGUUUUUUUGGGUCGAUAGGCGAAACCAGAGAUUUUGACUGAAGGCCACUUGAGCACGAUUGAUCACAAUCGCCAGACCUGUCACUGUAUCUGAAAAACAGAUAAGAGUUUUUUCCACAUUAAGCGAAAAGAACGAAGCAGGCGUUUCUUCUUCUUCAUCUUCUGGUUUCCUAACUCGUGUUGAGGUUAUGACCGUUUUCCCGUGACUGGCAAACUUAAAGGUCUAGAGAAUAAUGGGGACAGAAAACCCGGGCUACCCAAUUUUUCCUGCUAGACCUACUUCUUCCCCGUUUGCGUCUUCUCCGCCUUCAGCGAUGACCCAACAAUCAGGUCGACCUGCUGGCGGAUCCGAGACUUCCGGCUUUAGGCCUUUUCCACCAUCCACGUCCCAAAAUACGAGGCCUCCUGCUUCUGGACUUGUCCCACCAUCUGUUGCUCCAAAUACCAUACCUUCCCAGGCUCCAGUACCUCCUUUUGGAUCACGAAUGCCAUUGUCUCGACCCCCUCCACCCCCAUCCGUAUCGUCUCCUCCUACAGCAUAUGCUCCACCUGGUGGUGGCCCUUUUCAGCGGUUUCCCACCCCGCCGUUCCCAACUGCUGCACAAACUCCUUUGCCAGUGCCACCAAUGGGUCCACCUCCAGCUCAAACUCUUCCUGGUCAAUUAUCAUCUCCUCCUGUUUCUUUUCGGUCGCAGCAACAAGUGCCACCUGUACCAAUAGGAUCUUCCUCGCAGAGUUUUACUUCGGGGCUACCUGGUGCAAAUCCUUCUCAACCUACUGGAGAUUCACAGUCCUUUGCUCCUAGGCCUGGUUUCCAGCAGCCGUUUCCUCCCACCAGUUCUUAUUCCGGCGGUGCUCCUUUGCCUGGUUUUCCUAGCAAGCAGAUUAAUGCAAUUCCUCCAGCUCCUGCAGUGUCAUUCUCUCCCACAGCACAGAGUGUUGUCUUAGCACCUCCAUCUACUGUGGCCCCAUAUCCGCCUCACCAAGGAGGUUUUGCCCAGCCCCCAGCUCUAGCGGCACAGCAGAACCUGCACCCUGGUUAUGCAUCCCCUAUUAGUAAUGUUCAAGGCUUGGUAGAAGAUUUUAGCUCCUUGUCCGUUGCAUCAGUUCCUGGAUCCCUUGAGCCGGGGCUUGAUCACAAGUCAUUCCCCAGACCUUUGGAUGGUGACGUGGAACCAAAUUCAUUUGCUGAAAUGUAUCCCAUGAAUUGCCCUUCUAGGUAUCUACGGUUGACUACCAAUGCUAUACCGAAUUCUCAGUCAUUGGCUUCAAGGUGGCAUUUAACUCUCGGAGCUGUAGUUUGUCCGCUUGCAGAGGCUCCUGAAGGGGAGGAGGUACCGCUUAUUGAUUUUGGUUCGACUGGCAUCAUUCGCUGCAGAAGAUGCCGUACCUAUGUGAAUCCUUUUGUGACUUUUACUGAUUCUGGACGAAAAUGGCGAUGUAAUAUCUGCGCAUUGCUAAAUGAUGUGUCAGGUGAAUACUUUUCCCAUUUGGAUAGCACUGGCAGAAGAAUUGAUUUGGAUCAGCGACUUGAGCUUACAAAGGGUAGUGUUGAGUUUAUAGCUCCAACCGAAUAUAUGGUGCGGCCUCCAAUGCCACCAAUAUACUUCUUUCUCAUCGACGUUUCAAUUUCAGCUAUUAGAAGUGGAAUGCUUGAGGUUGUAGCUCAAACUAUUAAGUCUUGUCUGGAUAAGCUGCCCGGUUACCCCAGAACUCAAAUUGGAUUUAUUACGUAUGACAGUACAAUACAAUUUUAUAACAUGAAGUCUUCUCUGAGCCAGCCACAAAUGAUGGUGGUUUCUGAUCUAGAUGAUAUAUUUGUCCCAUUACCGGAUGAUCUCCUUGUCAAUCUAUCCGAAUCAAGAAGUGUAGUGGAAGCGUUUUUGGAGAGUCUGCCUUCGAUGUUUCAAGAUAACAUUAACGUGGAAUCUGCUUUUGGUCCAGCCCUCAAAGCUGCAUUUAUGGUUAUGAAUCAACUUGGGGGGAAGUUGCUAAUUUUCCAGAACACUUUGCCUUCUCUUGGUGUUGGACGCUUGAAGCUGCGGGGAGAUGAUCCUCGUGUUUAUGGAACAGACAAGGAGUAUGCUUUAAGAAUACCAGAAGAUCCCUUCUAUAAGCAAAUGGCUGCUGAUUGUACUAAGUUCCAGAUAGGAGUGAAUGUCUACGCAUGCAGUGAUAAGUACAUUGAUAUUGCCUCCUUAGGGACUCUGGCGAAAUACACUGGAGGUCAGAUGUACUAUUAUCCAGGUUUUCAAUCAUCUGUGCAUGGAGAUAAGUUGAGACAUGAGUUGGCCAGAGACCUUACGAGAGAAACUGCCUGGGAGGCAGUUAUGCGGAUAAGAUGUGGAAAAGGGAUCCGAUUCACAUCAUACCAUGGGAACUUCAUGCUAAGGUCUACUGAUCUCAUUGCUCUUCCUGCUGUCGACUGUGACAAAGCAUAUGCAAUGCAGCUGUCUCUUGAAGAGACAUUGCUGACAACUCAGACUGUCUAUUUCCAAGUCGCAUUGCUAUAUACGGCAUCUUGUGGAGAGAGGCGUAUCAGGGUACACACAGCUGUUGCACCAGUGGUAGCUGAUCUUGGAGAGAUGUAUCGACAAGCAGACACUGGUUCCAUUGUCUCUGUAUUUACCAGAUUAGCAAUCGAGAAAACGUUAUCAUCAAAGCUGGAUGAUGCCCGGAAUUUGGUGCAACAGAGGAUUGUUAAAGCCCUCAGAGAAUAUCGAAAUCUUCAUGCAGUGCAGCAUCGGUUGGGGUCGAGAUUAAUAUACCCAGAGUCGUUGAAAUUCUUGCCUUUGUAUGCUAUGGCACUUAGUAAGUCAACUCCUCUUCAAGCUGGUCAUGCUGAUGCUUCUCUCGAUGAGCGCUGUGCCGCUGGCUUCACUAUGAUGGCAAUGCCGGUUAAAAAGUUAUUAAAGCUUUUGUACCCUAACUUAAUCCGGGUUGAUGAGUGGCUCUUAAAGCCAUCUGUAGGCGAAAAUGACGGCUUCAAGGACGUCUUGAAGAGGUUACCUCUGGCGGCCGAGAGUUUGGACUCCAGAGGUCUUUACAUUUAUGACGACGGUCUCCGCUCUGUCUUAUGGUUUGGUAGAAUGCUUUCCCCCGACAUCUCCAAAAAUCUUCUCGGGGCCGACUUUGCAGCUGAGCUUUCAAGGGUGACACUGAAAGAGCAAGAGAACGGAAUGUCGAAGAAGCUUACGAGGUUGAUAAAGAAGCUGAGAGAAAUCGAUCCUUCAUAUUAUCGAAUGUGCCAUCUCGUGAGACAAGGAGAACAGCCUCGAGAAGGGUUCCUUCUCCUCAGAAAUCUCGUCGAGGACCCGAUGGGCGGUUCCACUGGUUACGUCGAUUGGAUCAUGCAACUUCACCGCCAUGUCCAGCAGAAUUCCUAAUAGCUUUAUUAUACAGAUAAUACCCAAUGUGCAAUGCAAUUGCAUUGUGUUUGGAAACCAUGUCCAGGGUCUUGUAGGCAAAUAUACGGCCAUUGAAGAAAACCUUUUGAGCUCUUCUUCUGUCUUGUUCUUGGGUCGUUGCAAGUGUUAUGCGAUUAAGGGGGGUACAGAUUCAGAAUGCUUUGGUGAUUCUUCAUUGUGUUGUUGGCAAGAUUUUUCUUUUUUUGUGGAUUCUUCAUCUUACAAAAUUUUGCAGUUGUUUUUUUUUUUACUAAACCUGUAUGAUUCUCCAGUUUUUUUUGGGGGAUGUCAAAUUAGAUUCGGUUUUGUUAUUGAGAGAUUUGGGAUAUUACUUGGAAGGAAAGAUUCAGUUUCAGCAAGUAUA